AUCGAUACUAUCGCGAGAGGUCGACAUGGCUUUACAGCUGAUAUUGUGAACCUAAGUGUAUGUUUUAUUUUAUACAUUUAUUUAUACAUUUUAAUAAGAUUACGGCACAAAGUUCGUGAAGAAACACCGGCUUUUAACAACAAGAUUUGUGCUGCGAAACUUCCUUUGAUUUUCGCAGGCCUAAGCAAGGUUAGGAAGCCGGUGGAAAACUAGUGAUAAAAGUGCAAUAGAAUAAGCCAAAACUAAUUUAAAACUAUAUUGCGAAUGGCGGAAAGUGAAAAACUCAAACAAAUUUAUAAUAGCAAGUUGAAAUAAAACUAUAGAAAUUGAGGCAAUAAACAGGGAGUAGCUUGGGCCAAACCAAGUGACCUCGGGUUGCGCCAACAACAGCAACCACACAAGUUUCCUAAUUCACGGCUACCAGCGUCCAAUCCAAGCAACCUGUGGAGUCAACCAAAAAGCUACCUAUUGCCACAAUUCUUUUUUUAUAUUUUAUUUAGUUUCUAUAUCUACGUAAAAAUUCGUUCAAAAUGACCACAACUCUAACAAUCUGUGUGUGCGACUACUGGAAACGUUGCCACUUCCAUAACCGUCCGAAACCGGAGGCUGGAGACUCCUGUUCGCUAACCAAGAAGCCGCUCCGGAGACUGACCAUCAAAGUGGAUGCCAUCAAUGGCAACUACUAUUUGCGCGAGUUCCUCCAGCAACGGGUAAUGGGCGACCUUCUCAAGAAGCUGCACGGAGUGCAGCUUAUCUGGCUGGAGUUUUAUCCGCCGGAGAGGGAUACCAUCGACUACCACUGGGCGCAUAUUCUGGCCCACACACUUUGGGAGCACAUCGAGGUGGAGCACCUAAUGUCCUGGCUUUCAACACUGGGCGGUGGAUUCUCUGCACUGGGAGAGCAGUUCGAAAGAUGUGCGGAGACAGCCGGCAAGAUAUCACUGCAGCAGCUGAAGAUCGGCCUCCGGCUCGGCGAUCCUUUCCUGCAGGCGCGCUGCAAGCUUUACUACAGCAUCUCGCUCAUCCAACGAGGUCAGUUGCGGAUGGCGAAGCAUCUGAUUCGGGAGCAGUACGCAUUUGCGCGGGUCAACAAGGAGAAGGAUGUGCGGCUGGUGCGGAUGUGCCAUGGGAUUUGGCAUCGGCUCGCAUACGAGUAUGAGCAGCGCAGGAUGCGCAAAAUGGGGGACUAAGAGGCCCUAUGAUAUCGAUGAAAUUGUACAUUAUCUAGUUGAGAAAAAGAAAUUGUGUUUAGUGUUCCUUUCCUUUAAUUAUUCCAGCUGUGAGCUUAGGUAAAAAAAUUGUUUUCAAUAUAUU